CUGGCUGCAACCCUUGCUGUACUGAGUGACACAAAUAAUUUGGCUGAUCCAGCACACACAGCCCAGGGGGGAAUCUAAUCAUUUAAGAACGAAUAAAUGGAAGCAGGAAGCUGAUAGGUUAUUUCGUUCCUCAACAGAAGUAGUUUCAGAUUGCCAACUCAAAUGCGAAAUAAGCAGAAAGUUUGGGAACAGUAACCAUUGUGUCUACGACGCAUCUGGAUGAGAUUUGCAGAGGGAAUACCAACAGCUUGCUGCUGGAGUGUGAGCCAUGUGAAUGUGAAACUCCAAAAUUGUGCAGCACUUGUAGGAUCCUAAGGAAAAAAAGAGGACAAGGCACUGACUGCCUAUGGAAAAGAGGUCCAGAAGAAGGGCACACGACUGCUUUGGAUGGCUGCUCAGCCUUCGACACUAUAAGAAAUGGCCCUGAGGUUGUGGCUGAGAAUGUGCGUGAAGAGGAGGCCUGUUGUGGGGUUUUGCUUCCUGUUUGCAUUUUCUUUGGUGCUAAUUAACAGUUUUCCUGCAUUGCCAGCAGACAUAGAUGAAAACAUUGAUUUUCAGAAGAAAAUAGAACACAGGAAAGUUGUCCGACACAAACGGCUAUGGGCUGACACCAUGGACUCCAUCCCUAAACUGGUCCAAAGUAAUAACCACAGAAGCUGGGAAUCUGGUCUGCAGAAAUACCACCAAGACUUGCAGAUAUAUAAUAACAGUAGCCGCGACUGCAAGGAGAAGAGUAGUUUAGGACAGCUUAGCAAGCAACCACAAAGGAAAAAUAACCAUUAUAAAACCAAAGAUAAAAGGUUCAUGGCCAAAAAAUCUUCACGUACUGUAAGAAAUGCUACGGGAAUUCAACAAAAAAACAUUAUUCUAGUAGCCAAUGUAAAUAAGUUUGUAGAAAAGUUUCCAGAUGAUCAGAAAGUUAUCCUUGCUGGCAAGGAUGUCCAAAACCUGAAACAAAGGAACAUCUUUCUUAAACCUGUUUUGAGUAAGAAUAAGCCAUUGCUAAACGCUAAAAGAAAAGUGCACAUUGAACUCAAAAACUACUCCCUUGUUCUGCCAGAUAUGCACAAAAUAGAUGAACAUGCAGUUCCAUUAGAUAAGUUUCCAACCUCGUGGAAAGCAGACGCUGUGAAGAAUGGGGAAAGUGCCAGAGAAAACUUGAGCAGUAAAGCCGUUUUUUUUCAGGAUACUUCAACCAAACAAAAAACACAUUUGAGAUCAGACUGCUACAAAUUUCAUGCAAAGCCAGCUCAAGUCAAAAGUGAAAGAUUCCUGAAAAAUGUUCCCCCCUGGUUUUCUUUUGAUGAUUUGCAGAAGAUGAAGUUAUUGUCAGAUGGUGAGAUCAUCACAAAGUCCAGGAUUCCUGCACAUGGACAGGUUCUUAAAGUUGCUUUGUGUCAAAGCCAGCUAGACGGCCGUUGCCAAGGAAAGACUCAUUGCACACAGGGGUCCUGUGGAUUAAUUAAAAGACCCAGUGAUUUAUAUGAAGUGUUAGCAUUUCACCUUGAUAGGGUGUUAGGACUGAAUCGCAGUCUUCCAACUGUGGCUCGGAUAUUUACAAGUGAUAAACUGCCUUAUAAGUAUACUAAUGGUGCUGCAAGGCCUAUUGUAUGGUGGGAUCCAGACAUCAAGCACUUAAAUGAUACCAACAAUGACCAGAACUCUCAUGAUGUAGGCUGGUUAUCAUAUCAGGAAAUGCUGAAGCACAGAUGUGGCAUGGAAAACGCUGUCACGCCUAUUGAUACUCUACCAUGUGUGGGCAUCAAGCACACAGAAUGGGCUAAGUUGGCUUUCUUUGAUUUUCUCCUGCAGGUUCAGGAUCGACUAGACCGUUACUGUUGUGGAUUUAAGCCGGGCCCUACAGAGCCUUGUGUAGAAGAGCUGCUACAUGACAAGUGUCGCAACCCAAAGGAACUUGUCUUGGUGCACAUUCUGGUCCGCCAUAGUGACCCUUCUAAUUUAGUUUACAUUGACAAUGCUGGGAGACCAAACCACCCUGAGGACAAUCUUAACUUUAGACUCCUGCAAGGGAUAGAUAGGUAUCCUAGAUCAGCAGUGCAAGUAUUGAAGUCAGGAUGUUUACAUGACAUGCUAUUAACAUCGCUGCAGAUGGAUCACGUAUUCUGGGAAAGCCAAGGAGGCUUCCAGGGAGUGAAAGCAUUGGUGAAAACCAUAGUUCAAAGAGGACAGAUUCUUGUGGAAUACAUAGAAACACACAGUUUCCUCCUUACUUCUCAUCAUUAA